AUGAACAAUACUGAUGUAUCAUGCUCAUCUUUGUUGCUUAUUGAAGACAGUGCAGAUUCUGAAGGCGACUCUAUUGGCUUCUUUACACUAUACCCUGCUGCUAACAUUGGCCACACGGAGGAAGAUGCAGAGUCAUGUACCUGUGACUGUGACUGUGACAUAGAUGGUAUAUGUAGCUUGGUUAAGGAAGAUGAAGAUGUUAAAGGGUCAGGUGAAUUUUGUUGGGUUGAUUGUAGCUGUUUCAACUCUAGCAUGUUGAUGUUGGAAGCAACCAUGGAAAUAGGAUGUUCUUCUUCACCAUUAUUGCUUGUUGAUGAGGAUGAAGAGGUGGAAACAAGAAUGGUUGAGGUGAAUGUGAAUGAUGUGGAUGAUAAAGUCUUUUGGGAGAUGUGUAUGGCAGUUGGGUACCCUUGA